AGGUGGCCACCCAUGGUUCUAAAACAUCAGGAGAAGUGUCACAUCUCUCUCAAGAAAUUGUCUUGAGACAAGAAGACCCAUCAUCUCAGGAGACACCAUCAGAAAACACAACAAUGGUGAUUAUACCAGUGAAAAGGCCUCCUCCUUGUGGUGGAGCAGAAACAGUGGCUGUACUUCCAACUCAGAUCGCCGUGUCCUUUGAAGAUGUAACUGUGUUUUUCUCUGAGGAGGAGUGGGCUCUGCUGGAUUUUAACCAAAAAUCCCUGUACAGAGAGGUCAUGCUGGAAAAUGCUAAGAAUGUAGAGUCCAUGGGGGAGAAGCCAUAUAGAUGUACAGACUGUGGAAAGAGCUUCACCACAAGUGGUUCCCUUACUGCCCAUAAAAGGAUCCACACAGGGGAAAAACCAUAUAAGUGCAUGCAAUGCAGGAAGAGUUUCAGCCAAAGCACUUCCCUUACUUCCCAUGAAAGGAUGCAUACAGGAAUAAAACCAUAUCAAUGCAUGGAUUGUGGGAAAAAAUUCAGUCAAAGCAGUGAUCUCAUUUCUCAUAAAAGGAUCCAUACAGGGGAAAAACCGUUUAAAUGUAUGGAGUGUGGAAAAAGCUUUACAAUGAGACGUGGUCUUACUUCCCAUGAAAGGAUCCACACAGGGGAGAAACCAUAUCAGUGCACAGAUUGUGAAAAGUGCUUUAUAAGUAGGAGUGAUCUUACUUCCCAUAAAAGGAUCCACACAGGUGAGAAGCCGUAUCAAUGCAUGGAGUGUGGAAAAAGCUUCAGUUGGAGCAAUAACCUUACUAGUCAUCAAAGGAUCCACACAGGUGAAAAACCAUAUAAAUGCAUGGAAUGUGGGAAGAGUUUCAGCCAAAGCACUUCCCUUACUUCCCAUGAAAGGAUCCAUACAGGGAUGAAACCAUAUCAGUGCAUGGAUUGUGGAAAGAGCUUCAGUACAAGCAGUGAACUCAUUUCCCAUAAAAGGAUCCACACAGGGGAGAAACCAUAUAAAUGCACAGCAUGUGGAAAGAGCUUCCGCAAGAGUACUGAUCUUAUUUCUCAUGAAAGGAUCCACACAGGAGAGAAGCCAUAUAGAUGUACAGAGUGUGGAAAGUGCUUCAGCCAACACAGAAAUCUUUCCUGCCAUAAAAGGAUCCACACAGGGGAGAAGCCAUACAAAUGCACAGACUGUGGAAAGAGCUUCACCACCAGCGGUUCCCUUACUGCGCAUAAAAGGAUCCACACAGGGGAGAAACCAUAUAAAUGCACGGAAUGUGGCAAGAGUUUCAGCCAAAGUGCUUCCCUUAGUUCCCAUGAAAGGAUCCAUACUGGGAUGAAACCGUAUCAGUGCAUGGAUUGUGGAAAGAAAUUUAGUAAAAGCAGUCAUCUUAGUUCUCAUAAGAAAAUCCACUCAGGAGAGAAGCUGUAUAAGUGCACAGAGUGUGAAAAGAGCUUUUAUACAAGCAGUUCCCUGAUAUCACAUAAGAGGAUUCACUCUGGUGAGAAGCCCUAUCAUUGCACGGACUGUGGAAAGAGUUUCAAUACAAGCAGUUCCCUUAGUUCACAUAGGAGGAUCCACACGGGAGAGAAACCAUAUGAGUGCCAAGAGUGUGGAAAGAGUUUCAGUCACAACACUUCCCUCUCUUUUCAUAAAAGGAUCCAUACAAAGAAGAACCCACCUGCCUGCAUAUAAUAUGGGAGGAACUUGUCAGAGUAGUGAAGUUCUGAUAAAAGGAGCUACAUGGAGAAAAGGCUCUGUACAUGCAUGGAAUAUGGAAAGAACUUAAGUCAUUCCAUUUCUGAUCAGCAUGCCAUGAUUAAAAGGGGAAUGGAUUAUUUAAUUAGAAAAAAUGAGUUAGAGUGAAAGAAAGAGAAGAAAUAGAAUGGAUGGACCAGUUAAAA